ACUGCAUGGAUCCCAUGUCAAAUUCAUUUAUGAGUUUUAGCACUACAACAAACGAAGCUCACUCGAAGCCCACCAAAAAGCAUUUGGCUGUUGUUCCACCAAGUCAACAAAGAGAGACAGCAGCAGCAGCAACGAUCGAGGAGGGCGCCGCUGCAGUCGGACAAGUCUGCUCAGUUGGUCGCUGAAAAUCGGCAUCGCGAGACGUACCGAGUUGGAAUACAUUUGUUUCGACGGCGGCGACGCGUCCGCUCGUUGCAGUGGCGCAUUAAUUUUUUUUUUUCGGUUUGAUUGAUUGCGAUUAUGAACGAGACCUUAAAGCUGUCCGGACUCGGAAUGCAGCGCACCAAUAUCGAGCUCGAGCGGCAGAGGCACCUGGCCAACUGGCUGAUGAACAGCAGACCGCACAUGCCCGGCGGACCAGCAGCAGGAGCCACAACAACAUCAGCGGCAGCAGCAACAACACCCACUGCAUCGGCAACAAAGAGCACAACAACAGCAGCAGCAACAGCUACAAAUCCUAGCUCCACAGUGGGAGGAGCAGGCACUGGCACAGUGGGCGGCAACGGGGUCGCAACAGCAGCAGCAGCGGGCGCACCCAGCAACAGCGUCGCAGCUGCAGCAGCAGCUGCAUGUAACGGUGGAGCAGCCGUUGGCGCCCAUCACGGCCACCACUCGUCGGCCGGGGCGCGCAAGCCCAAACUGCGGCGCUUCAACUCCCACGACACCAGCUCCAAUAUGUUCUCGGUGGCCGACUUCGAGAACGCCCGCCUGGCCCGCCGCAACGAGAUCGAGCUGAACCAGCGGAGGGCACGACGCGUGCGCGGCAGUGCCAACAAUAGCAGCUACGGCUUGGGUGCGGGCUCAGGACUGCUGGGAGGUGCCCAUUCCGGAUACUGUGACGCACUCAAUGGCAGCGGCGAUUACUCCACCGGGGACAGCAAGGUCUCCAAGGGCAGCAGCGAAGGAGCGCUGACCGCCAUUGAGUUCCUUGAGCGAAAUUCCCUGCCCCGAGUUGUUCGCAUCCUGCAUGCGAGCAAGAGCUCCAACGAAACUCUGCAGUCCAGCUCAUCGCAUGGCUCCUCCACGGCGGCAUCGAGCAGCUCCUCGACGGGAGCGAAUCCGUUUGGAUCUGGUGGUGGUGGUGGUGGUGGUGGUGGUGGUGGCGGUGGAAACAUUUCCAGUGGCAACAUUGACACCGGCACCGGCACCCAUUCAUCGUCCAGCGGAGGCAGCGCCACCGGAAACGGAACUGGCUCUGGUCCUGGUCUUAGUUCGGGCUCGGGCUCGGGUUCUGGUUCUGGUUCUGGUUCUGGUCACCAAAACAACAACGGUCGCCACAGCAGCAACGGUGGCACCCCACCCGGCCACGAUGAGCUUUUUCUGCUCUACAGGCUGGUGCGACAGCGCAACAUCUACCAUGGACACAACGCCAAGACUCAGGCAUCGCAGCGCAAGAAGACCCUGCUCAUUCCACAGGAGUUUCCGGGUUACUUCUCAAUGCUAAGCGAGAAGGGCCUUCCCACGGCCACACAAUACGGAUCUCUGAUACAGCUGGUUCGGGAACGGGUUUACAAGUUUGUCUCCGUGGACAAUAUGCCGGCGUUUACGGAAUCCUCACCCAACAGUACGAAUAGUCCAACGCACGAGGGAUGCCUGCCCAUAAACAAGGGACGUCCACAGUACGUGAAAACGACGGCAAGGGGCGGGCAGGUAUUCCGUCUGCUGGCCGUCUUCGAGGAUGGCAAACAGGAUCAGGUCAAUAUGUCGCAGCAUGGCAACGGAAAUGCGACCAGGUCCCAUGGCGGUGGGUACAUGGGGCGAGAGAAGGAAAAGAACCGGUAUGCCCAGCUCCUUAAUGAAAACCGGCAGGUGCUGUACGUCCCACUGUCCACCAAGGGCAAGUUCUUCGAGAUUGAGCCGGGCAUUCCUCAGCUGCUUCAGAAACUGGGCGAUGCGCAGCGAAAGCUGAAUCCGGAGUGUGUGCAUCGUUUGAGUGCAUUGGUGACGGCGGCCAAGCAGUUGCCGCUAACACUGCGCUAUAUCUCCGGACCUGGCGGACCCGACAUUCCCGAGCAGCUGUGCAUUAGUCAAGUGAGCAAGGAGGACGUGGUCGUGGGCUGUUCCAUUGAGGACGUGGACACCCAGACGCCCUUGCAGCUGAGGAAGUUCUAUCCCAGUCGGGAUAUUCAGCUGGUAAAGAGUUAUUUAGGCUUUGACUCCGAACAACGGAUGCUCGCUAACACGAAUGUGCAAAAUAUGCUCAAGUUCUGUCAAUUCAAUUGCGAUCCAUUCCUGAAGCUUGUGGAGAUUGAGCUAAUUCAGCGCUCGGAACGGUCGGGAAGCAAGAAUCGAGAGGGGCUACGAAUCCUGAAGCCACUGCAUUUCCCAAAGAUCCUGAGACGCGAGAAGAGCUCCAUGGCAGCAGCGCACGAGAAGGAGGAUUCCAUUAUUUUCCUCAGCAAAACCGAUCUGGAGAAUCUGGAAGCCAAGGAAGCGGCAGCUUCUGCUGCAGCUCAAUCGGAAUCCAGUUUGAAUCGCAUCUCUGAGCGAAUGCGUGUGUUCCAGUCCACCAAGAAGAAGUGGUUUGGGAAGCAUCAUCCACAGCAACAGCAGCCACAAGUAGAGAAACAUCAAUCUAACUUGGAUCUCGAUGAGCAGGCGAAGCGGAUGAGCAUGGAGCGCUAUACGGAUAUGUCAAAGCUUCUGCAGGAGCGUUUUGGAUCGAAUCCCGAACAGCCAGAGCAGGAUGCUAUCUCCCUGAACAGCACAGCAGCGUCCGACACCGAGACCACGAUGCUGACUACUAUGGAGCCGAGGUCUUUGGACACGAUGAUGCAGAAGUCCAUGUCCCUGCAGGAUAUUGAGUUGCUCAAUGGUCAGUUCAAGCCACGACCUGAUUUGCUGGCCAGCCACAAUCACAAUGACGCCAUCAGCGAGGCGGGUACCGAACUGGAGGAUGUGGAGAAUCAGACCCCACCUCCGCAGUCCUUCAUCACGGAGAAGCUCUACAACGAGUUCCAUGUGAAGACCAGGCAGUAUAGCAAGUCAUCGUCCAGUUUGCACCAGUUGCCGCUCUUUUCCUUGCCGCAAAAGUUGCAGCUCCACGAGGCUGAGAAGGAGAAGCGUCAUCUGAUGUUGCUAAAGGCGCAGCAACAGGCUCUGACCAAGGAACCGGUCACUGGAAGAAGGGCAGCAGGUGGAGUUUCUCUGUUGGGCGGAGGACUUAACCAACUGGCGAUAUCACCCGCAUCGCUGGUGGAAGACGACUUGCCCUACUCCAGUGUGCGCGAUUCGCUGGUAAUUUCCGGCGGGGAGUGCCUGCGAUCGGAGGCAGCCAGCAGACCGGUUCCCGCUGUGGACUACACAAAGGAGAAUAUAUACGCCGAAAUCUGUCCCUCACACACAGUGGACACCUUUUCGGGCGCCACCCAGUUCACUCAUGUGCCCGACGAUGACGGAGAUUAUGCUUCGCUCAAGUAUUCGGUCAAUGGACCACAGUCGGUUAGUCGGAUAGAGGUGAAUGGAGCUACGGCGGCGGUGAAGAGCAGCGCAAUCAGCUACCAUACCGUGUACCUGGGCGAGGAACCGUUGGGCGAGAGGCACGCUGCCCACAUCACCACCGUGGAGUUGGCCGGAGAGGAUAACAUUUACAAUACGCUCAAAUGAUGACUCAUGUGAUUCCGGCGACGUAAGUUGGCCGGCGCCAAAGGCCUGUUUUAAAAACGCCGAUGGACAAAAGGGCAAGCAAGAGGAAAUUCAUUUUACUCGUGAUCCUACCAAGGCUAUCUUAUCUUAUAGUCUUGUACUCGAAUGAAACUGAAGUAUUCUCCAAGAAAACGAAUUCUGUAAUUAAUUCAAUACUUUACUUAUUGCCAUCAACUAAUUUAGACAGAACUUUACUUUAUUGAAAUGCCAUUGGAUUACUUUAGUUAAAACAAACAAUCAAAUAUUUUAAAGAGAAAAUGUAUUUAAUUCACGUUUUGGUUUUAUUGUGUAUUUCCUCCAUUUUAUUUUAAAGCUUAUGAAUAUUCACUUCUAUAAGGAAUUAAACAACUAACUUAUUGUAAGUUUGGUCUUCUUUAAAUACUUAAUGAACUUAAGUAAAAUGCGAAUGUUCGGGUACAAGACAAAGAUAAGAAUAAUAUUUAAUCAGAAAAUAAUUGAAUGACACCAUUUAUUUGCUGUGAGGCCUUGCUUAAGAUCGGUAAAAUCGUAAAUAGUCUUUUGGAGCAUCCAGCCACAAAAACAAAUGAAUUUAUAUUUUAUCUCGCUUACAAUUUUAAGAAAUGGUUACAGCAGAACACCAAUGUAAGUUCGUUGUCAUAGUGAGAGGACCUCUCAAUUUUAAGAAAAAUACUUUUCCCUGUUUGCCCUUUGAAAUGGGCGAGAGAACUUAUAUUUAAUCAUUCAAUAUGGCGCUGAUGCACAAAAACACAAUAGUAGAGAAAAUAUCUUAUUUUGGAAUAAUACAAAACUCAAAGCGGAUGAUGUAUUGUGAAUUCAAACAGAAUUUGAAUCUGGGUCAACCAACACCCAAACGAAAGUAAAGAAAAAUCUCUAUCGUAACUUAUUACGUAAAUACACAUACAUAUAUUUGUAGAAAGUAGUAUUAGUAUAGGGAUCAAAUUUGUAAAUGAGACGUCGCUGUGGACGACGAAAAACCCCCUUGAAAUGACAACAGAAAUUGUAAUAUUAUUAUUAACCAAGUGAAGACAAGCAAUUUUGUAUUGUAAUCUAUGGAUGGGUGUCCCCAGUCCACGACUUUCAACCCAUUAAACGCCCAGAUCCCUAACCCAUACAAAAGAGAAACAUCAUAUUGAAACUGAACAUUUGGAAAUUGCAAUAUUAUACAAUUGUAUACAUAACUUAUAUAUAGAUAUACUUAUACACAUAUACUAACGUACAUACGAUAUGGAAAUCUUAGUUCAAACCUAAGGUAUUAUUAGCUCGUAGGCAAUCAACAAGUCAAAUCAAAUCAUAAGCGAUAUACAUCUAUAUAUGCAUAUAUUGUAUAUUUGUAAAAUAGCAUAAACUUUUAGGGCAAAAUGCCAAACUUUUACACGAUCUCUCGUAUUUUGUCGUUCUUUUUUGGAAACCCAUUAACUUGGUUUUGUUGGGUUUACUUGUUUUGCCCUCAACAAUUCAACGUUAAUGAAACGAACCGAUUACAUCAAAGUGCGAGCAUGUCCACAAACCAUAUUUGAAUCUGUCAACUUGUCCGCUUCGUUCGAUGACCUCUAAUAACAUUGCAUACAAAACACAUAUUUAACAUAUUAUUAAGUGACUUUAUCGCGCCAUAUAGAAGUGCAGUCGCAAAGUAGAGUUUAGACAUUAAGGUUCAGUUUCUAGUCUUAAUUUCAAAACAAAUAUGAAGCCGUUUCGAAAUGGAGACAUGCCAAACUUUUAAAUGUGUAAUGAAUGACUUCGGCCUGGCCCGAAGGAUCCUUCAAUAUAUACACUUUCAAUUGGGUACUACAUAAAUAAAUAUUUAGCAAGAACAUAA